AUGGUGAUCGUUCGAUUAAUGCAAGAGAUUGAUAUCGAGGAGGCAACUCGUUUCUUGGGCGAUCAUUUUUAUGGCCAGGAGCCGCUGAUGCAGACGCCAGGUGCUCAGCCGGUGGCUCACGAUGAUCCAAAGAGGCGAGAGUAUCGGCUAUCGCUAAUACGUCAGGGCACUUCUCUCGUUGCCCUCGAUGGGGAGCGCAUUGUGGGCGUGGCUUUCGCUGGCAUACUGCGGCCCAGCGAUCUGGAACAGAAUUGGCUCGACGUAAAUGAGCAGAAGCCGCAGCAGCUAAUUGAGCAUGUUCAUUACUUCCUCUCCGAUGUGGAGCGCAGAGCGCGAAUCUUUGAGCAUUACAACGUGGCCGAUACCCUGUACUUGAGCAUACUGGCAGUGGAUGCGGCGGUGCGACGUCAGGGCCUGGGACGGCGGCUUGUCAGUGCCCUAAUGGACUUGGGUCGUGCCAAGGGAUUACCUCUACUAUUCACCACCUGCACCAGCCUCUACUCCACUCGUGUGAUGGCUGCCCUGGGCAUGGAUUGUGUGCUGUCAGUGCCCUAUGCGGACUACAGGGAUGACCAGGGAAUCGCUGUGAUUCAACCACCAGCACCGCACACUGCGGUCACCGUAAUGGCUAUCAAAUUGUAG